AUGGCGAUUCCGUCUACCUUUGAUGCCGUAAAGGCACAUCUUGCCGAUGUUCAGACAGAUCCCUCUACAUCACUUGACAUCUCCCUUAUCGAACGACUCAAACUGCAACUAGUUGAAAACACCGCUCCGACUGUCCCCGCGACACUCUUAUCGCAGAUAUCAGCCCUCUUGCCUAUCCUCCAGGAAGAUCCCACUCCACUCACUACACUUGCAACCAAAGCAACUAGCUAUUUUAGUUUUACUGAAAUCCGCUCGAUCGACCCUCCCAUCGAUAUCGUCGCUGGUUUUAAGGCCCCAUCUCCUCCCAUCAACCUUCUCGCUCUCUCUUUGCUGGCCAAAGCAGGGCAGGCACCUGGUGAUGCUGCCAUAGUAGCAGGAGACUCUGGCUUGAUCGCAUCCCUUGUGGAACUAUGGUUGUCAACUUCGUCUACUGGAGUCGCACAGGCAGCGCUCGACACCCUGUGGGCUCUCUUGGAGGUUGACUUAGCUAGCCACCUUGAGAAUGAAGAAGACCUUGCUAGUGAUGAAGGACAUACGGGCCAGGGCCUCAUGUGGAGAAGGGUUUUCACGGAUAAGGAUGUUUAUGGUCUUUUCUUUGGCUUGUGCAGCCUUCAAGUCGGUGCGCCAGGAGAACUGUCCAAGCGCGAGCGAACUAUAGCCCAGGGCAGAUUGAUGGGGUUCUUGGUCAAGGCUGGCCGCUUACGCUGGGACAUCAUCUCAAAGCCUCAGGUUCCAGAGGUAGAGAACCAGUACCAAAGCAGCAGUCUUCUUCAUUUUGCGGCGUGUCAAAUGGUGGACGUGGGCGAUGUCUUGAUGCAUAUGACACUCUUGAGCUUUUACCGGGAACUUCUAGAAAUUGAUGCCCCUGGUCUUGCUGCUCGGAGCUGUGUUCAGUCCGCAUCGACUUUUUCGUCCCCAGCAUUGGACUUUUUGAUCGCGGAGAAGCUUCACCCCAAGGUACUGGAAUAUUAUUUGGAUGAUUCUAAGCUUGAUCCCGUCGACCUUAUCUACCUGCCGGGUCCUAUUAUGGCUUAUGUCACAAGAUAUGCUGAGUCUUACCCCAAUCAUCUCCUAGGAAACCCUUGGACUGUCCUUGAUGGCAUAAUUUCGCGCAUUGGCCGGGCACUGGCCAUUCCCUCUGUUCAGUGGGCACACGGGGAAGUACCCACGGGACAUUUAGCCAUCCUUGCUUCGCUUCCUCGAGUGUUACUUGUUGAAGCCGGCAAGCACGGUGCAAACCCUAUGUUGGCUAUCCCUACUAGCCCAACGAAUGGAGAGGCUCUUGAUACUCUGGGGAAGAUCUUCCGUGGGCCAGUACAUACAGCGGUGUCUGAUUCUAUGGAUCUCAAUACGUCUGGCCAGACACCCACGGACUGGGACCACGAAGCCGCUGCGGCACGCAUGCUCUACUUUCUUUAUCUCAAUGAACAUCCCAAUUUCUGGAACGACAUUGUUGCCGCGGCCGAUAUUCUCGUGAUGAAGGAUGUUGCGUUGUCUGCCAUCUCUUUUAUGAGAGCCAUUGUGUCGGCUAACUGGCAGCCAUUGCUCCCGGCCUCCCAUGUUUCUGGCCACUCAUCUCGAUUCCAACUGCCAUCUGAAGAGGGACUGGGACAAUUGUCUCCAGGCUCUAGUGGUCUGCUUCCUUUGUCUGGGCCAUGGGCUAUUCUUACUCCGCCUGCACUCACCACUCUCCUUCCGUAUCUCUUUAAACCACCGCGGUCCUAUGGUGAAUUCGUGGGCGGUGGUGCUGGUGAUUCCCAAAAUGCCGUCUGGAAAGUGGCCACUGCCAAGCAUGAUGUUCUGGUCGCACUCUACCGCGCACUUCAGGAAAGCGGAGGACAAAUGGAAGGAUUCGAGGAUAUUCUGCGAACACUGCGACAGCGAGUGAACGAGGGUCCCUCAGGGCCGGUUCAGCAGACCUUUGCCCAGGUGGAGACAGCUGGUCGAUAA